AUGUAUCUCUGGUCUCUUCAGUCCUCACCAAACCCGCUCAACUCCACCAUUUCAUUCCUCUACAGAAACCCGGAAAUCCCAAAACCCAGGAAUGCAAUCCCGGCACGUGACAGAGUCAUUGACUUUGGGAAGUACAAGGGCAAAAUGGUGGGGACCCUUCCUUCAAAUUACCUCAAAUGGGUCUCCAAGAACUUGAGGGCACGUGACUUUGAAGAGUGGGCUAAGCUUGCUGAUGAAGUUCUUGAAGACCCAGUUUACAAAGACAGGAUAGAAUGGGAGUUUGCUCAGAAGGUGCUGAACGGCGACGUUUUGAGCUCGAAAAGUGUUCAGCUUCAGCAGAAGAGUGCUGUGUCGGGUUUGGUUGAGAUAAGCGAAAGGUUUGGAUGGGAUAAUGAGGAUAAGCUGGGCUGGGCCAAGGUUGAUUUCAGGCUACUCGGGACGUCGAAAGGGGGAAGGAUACCGAGGGUGUCAGACUCUGGGCCUAGGGUUAUGAAAGAUGGUGUGUUGGAGAUUUUGAAGCCCAAGGCGGGGGAGAAUGGGCCUGUCAAAGGAAGGAGGAAGGAGAGGCGGGAGAGGUUGAAGCUGAGGAGGAGGAAAAAUGGGGAGAGAAAUGGCAUUAAAGUUGAUGAUAAGGGUAAUUUUGGCAAUUCAAGUAAGAAUAAAUUAGAUGGAGAUGGAGAUCAAGAUCAAGAGGAGGUUGAUGAAGAUGGCAGGGUGGAUAUUAUUAAAACUAAAAAUAGUAGUGUAUUUCCAGGACGUGAAGCUUUCUUGAAGAAAGCAGCUAACAGGAGAAGAUUUUGA